AUGCCCGUAGAAUCCAAAUUCGACCCAAAGGACAUGCAGUUCAGGCGCCUGGGCCCGGCCGGCCUCAAGGUGUCGGUCCUGUCCCUCGGCGGUUGGUUGACGUACGGAGGAACCCAGAAGGGCUCCAUCGUCAAGGACUGCAUGGAGGAGGCCUGGAACCACGGAAUCAACUUCUUCGACACUGCCGAGGUUUAUGCGGCUGGAGAGUGUGAGACUGAAAUGGGCAAGGCCUUCAAGGAGCUGCAAUGGCCGCGUGACGAGUAUGUCUUGUCAACAAAGAUCUUUUUUGGAACACGGAGGCAGGAGCCCAACACCAGGGGUCUGUCUAAGAAGCACAUUGUCGAGGGCUUGAAGAGCUCUCUGAAGCGACUUGAGCACUCCUAUGUCGACGUUGUCUUUGCUCAUCGCUUCGACCCCGAUGUACCGAUGAAGGAGAUAGUUGAGGCCUUCACCCAGACAAUCAACAUGAACUUGGCCUACUACUGGGGCACUUCUGAGUGGUCUGCAGAGCAGAUUCAAGAAGCGUGCGACAUAGCAGAGAAGUACAACCUCAUUGCCCCAGUCGUCGAGCAGCCGCAGUACAACGCCUUCCACCGUGAGAGGUUUGAGAAAGAGUAUGCUCCAUUGUACAAGAAGUACCAAUACGGUACCACCAUCUGGAGUCCUCUGGCGAGUGGCAUGCUUACGGGCAAGUACAACGACGGUAUCCCCGAGGACAGCCGCUUCGCAACCAACUCCGAGUUCUUCAAGAAGACGAUUGAGGAACUCAAGAGUGACGAGGGACAGGCUAAGAUCAAGAAGGUUAAGGAGCUCACCAAGAUUGCAGAGAGGCUUGGAGGCAACACGACGCAGCUGGCGCUUGCCUGGGCUGCAAGCAACCCCAAUGUUAGCACCGUCAUCCUCGGAGCAUCGAAGCCCGAACAGGUCAAAGACAACUGUGCUGCCCUGAAGCUGCUGCCCAAGUUGACUCCAGAGGUCUUGGAAGAGAUUGAGAAGAUCCUUGCCAACAAGCCCUAA